GUGCGAGUCGUGUUGAGAGAGGUUGAUGUCCCCUGUUGGUGGUGUCUCCGCGGACGAUUACUUACUUAUCCGCUCGAGGCCCAGCUGUAUCCACCUUGAAGUUCGUCUAUCUUCGUUCUUUCAGAUCAGCUGAACCGGCUGAAAUCGCCAAUCGGGAGGACCAUCUCCCCCGAUGUAGUUGCAACACUGAGGACCACUAACAUUGAGACUGCACGCCCAAUCAACAUGAUACAACCACCGAGCAGCUCCUGAUCCGCUGCUCCUUUUGGUGAAAGAUUGACGUGGAAUCUAGCUGUUUCUGGACAACGACCUACAGCUAGUACACGACAAGAAAAUGAGCUUCGUCGAUAGCGAUGACUUCAAGGAACUUGUAUCGAAUGCAAGAUUUUUCUCUUUUUCCACCACAAAUUUGAGUCUUUAGAUGCUGGGAUGCUUAUCGACACUGAACGAUGAGUGUCGUUGACAUGAUCCUGCAAAAAUCUGUCUUCCCGAGCUGGGAUCAACAUAUUGGUCGGGAAAGAGAAUGCUUUGCUGUGCAUAGUUUUUCCUUAUGUUCGAUAAGGACAACGGGGGCAGUAUGGCGUUCUCAAGUGUUACAUUCUCAGCCGUUGCAUGAAUUUGCGACGCAAGAAUGGGAAAAGUUAAAGGGGGAAGCUGGCACCUGUAGCAUUACAAAUUACGCACAGACCACUUAGGCGCGGUUUAGCCCUUCGUAAAUUUGUCAUGCGGAGCAGCUUGAUCGUGAGGAUGAUGAUGGUACUUUUGCAUGACAGAUUCAUCUUCUAACAGACACUUGAGAAUGUAACGCUUGAGAUCUCCAUAGGCAGUAUCGACGAGCAGGAGUUCAUUUGAAUUGCAAAAGCAUCGUACACGUACUCGUAUAAAUGCAUUACAAAUUUCCUCAGCAUGAGAAAUAAAAUUUGUCAUGCUGAGUUGCCUUGGGAACAAGAUUUGUAAUGCUGCAAGACUUGCAUUUAUACGAGUACGAUACUUUUGCACAGGAUAGUUCAAUCAGAUGCUGCGAGUGCUGGGCAUCAGUACCCACUUAACUUUUGUCAUUUGUUUCGAUUCUCUAUCCCGUAGCUGACGAUGACGUAUUAACGCUGAACGCAGCUAUUAACAAAUCGCACAUACUAAUUUUUGGUCUUGCUAUUUGAGCACCGUGGUCCGCUUCAUUAUCAUUCGUUCGCACUCGACACACAUGGGAGCCAAAUGUUACUGCUUUAUUUGCCCACGAAGAGAAUAACUGUUGACAUGUAUUUCACCCUGCGGUCGCCGAAUUUAGCACAACAGAAAAUUAUUAUACCAUCCUCAUCAACACCUCCCAGAUGUCAAGUUCCCCAAGGAUCCGGACGACGGGAUUACCUUUCCCGAGCUUUGCGCCCUGUUGAAUCACCUGUCCCGCCCGCUGUCGCGCGAGGAGGAGAUCCGGGAGGCCUACAAGUUUUUUGCCCCCUCCGGCGGCAUGAUAACGCCACAAAGCUUGAUGGAGGCCUACGGCAUCCUGGGCGACAACACACUCUCGGUCCGGGACGCGGCUAACUUGCUCAACGUCCAACCGGGCGUCGAGCUCAUGACGGAGGAAGAGUGGGAAAAUGCCAAGGACCACGGUACUAUAGCGAAACCAAAAACAAAAUCCAAAUACUUCAAUAGUGGAUCACGAUGAAUCAUUUUCCAUAUAUGAAAAUCUCGUGGUCAACAUCAACGCGACUCAUCAUGCCACAACCAACAGGUGCCGGGAUAGCAGAGGGAUCGCAGGGCAUGGCCUACAAUGAGUUCGAGUUCCGUCUUCUCUCCACAAUGACCAAAGAAGACGAAGAGGGGCAUCCGAAGCUGGGAAUGAGUCCCAGGAAAGCGAAGAGCCCCCAGAACCGAAAAGCGUCGCUGGCGUGAAAUGAGUAGUUGUACCCUGAGGAAGGGGGCAAUUUAAGUGUUGCGUCCUCCAUUCGACAGGCAGCAUAAGAAAAUGAAUCAAAAGGUUCCUGUUUCAGUUUGAAAACAAGAACUGUAUGAUGAAGAAGACGCCGAGGGUUUUUUGCUAUCAAACCGUGGUAAGAUCGUGACCUCCGCGAAGCCAAAAGAUGUCCGUAUGAAAAUUGUGUUUCAGAAUGAUGAACGAAAAGCGAACUAAAGUUGAAGCUGAAUUUAUCAAAGAAAUCUUUCAAAGAGGAAGC